AUGCUUUCUUUUCAUAGUCUUUCCCUCUACAAUAUUAAGCAACCAUUAUCCCUUCCUCAAUUCUCCUGGCUAGCCAACAAGAAGACUACGCCAAUAGUUUCUCUGCGGCUAACACGUAUAGAUGGUCGUGUUUCCAAGAAAACAAGCAAAAACCAAUCUUGUUUUGUUCCUUCUUUUAUUGUCCAUGCAAUAGAGAAAGACUCACAAAACUUUGAGAUAGACUCAGAUAAGGCCAAAGAUGCCCUUCAAAAACUUGAUCAGCAGCUCCAAGCAUUCUCAGAGAAACAAAUCAGCCCUCCAAAAAUAAGAGCUUCUGACGUGAAACUUACAAGAGAUGAAAUAACAGAAGAAGUGCCAGAAGUUUCAGGGUCUGCCCUAGCAUAUACAGCUGUGGCCAUGGAUAGAAACAUUGGCAUCCCAACUUGA